CAUGUCGGAAACAAUGGCCAAUGGAGAGGGCGUCAAUCCCGAUUUGGUUUUCAUCACGGAAGUGACGAAGUCGAGAAAAGGAAGAGCUAGAGUACACAACAAAGAUGGCGGCGGCCGCUGAACAGGCAAAGAAAGGCCCACACGUGGGGAAAACGAAAAAGCCUCCAGCUCGUUACUGGCACGAGAAGAAAGAUGAAAGCGACGGUGGAAUACAGGCUGUUGAUUCACAGCAGCAGAUGCCUCAAAAAACGUCAGCAAAGAAGAGGAUGAAAAAAAACGACCAUGGACAAGAAAAACGCUUUAAAUCUGGGAAACAAGAUGCUUUCCCAGGACCUGCUUCUAUUCCCGAAGCCACGCUGCAGAAGUUUACAAGGAAAGGGAAAACGAAAGAGGAGGUCAGCAAGCACCACUUAAAGCUGAAAGAAUCCAUUGCUCGUUCAGAUGAAGCCUCAGAAAUGGCCCAAAAACAAGCUGCCCGGUUUGACCUUCUCCUCCCAGAAGAAGCAGGGUUUCUAGAAGGAGACGAAAAUGAGGACACAUGUACUAUCUCACAGCAAGAUAUCGCAGAUGCUGUGGAUAUAACGUCUGGGACCAAGUAUUUUGACCUGAAUCUGUCUCAAUUUGGACCAUACCAACUGGAUUACAGCAAAACCGGACGUCACCUGCUGCUUGGUGGGAGGAGAGGGGCCAUGUUGUGUGUUGACUGGCAAUCCAAACAGUUGAUGUGUGAAAUAAAUGUGAUGGAGUCCAUUCGUGUUGUUCGGUAA